CCACAAUUGGCAUCAUUCAAUCGUUUACUGUUUAGCUAUACACAACAGUUAGCUUUACGUUCUUCUCUCCCUCCACGUAGCUGCAAAAAAUCGCGUCUCGUGCACGGAUCGUGCGGCGUUUACAAAUUCCUUUCGCAAACGAAGAAAUAUCUGCUCAAAAGUGUUUAAAGGAUUGUGAAUUUGCUGUGUGCGUGAGGAAUAGCAUCGCAGGAUAUCAGACAGAGGAUUUCGCGUUUAAUUAAUUUCAACUUUUCGUUAUAACUGUGAUUUAGGAUGAAGCUGCUGCGUUCAGCAUCAUUACUCGCCCUGGUGUUGCUGCUGGCCAUCAGCACGCGCGCCGAAGACGAAAAGGCCGUCGAAUCGAAAUCCGCUGAACCCGCCCAGGAAGGUGCCAAGGAAUCCUCCGCCGCUGCUGCCGACGAUAGCGACAGCACCAAAACCAAACGUGGCCUACAUCAUUUCGAGGACUACCAUCACUCAUACCAUCAUCCGAUUCAUGAGGAAAAAACAUUGACCAUCAUCAAGAAGGUGCCCGAACCAUACCCCGUCGAGAAGGUUGUACAUGUGCCCGUCGAAAAACAUAUACCCGUGCCGAUUAAGGUGAAAGUGCCCAAACCAUACCCUGUGGUCAAGCAUGUACCAUAUGAGGUCAAGGAAAUCGUAAAGGUGCCACAUGAAGUGCCUGCGCCUUAUCCAGUUGAGAAGAAGAUCCCCGUACCCGUACAUGUGCACUAUGAUCGUCCAGUGCCCGUCAAAGUCUACGUGCCCGCACCAUACCCAGUUGAAAAGAAGGUUCAUGUACCAGUGAAAGUUCAUGUGCCCGCACCAUAUCCAGUUGAAAAGAAGGUACACUACCCCGUGAAGGUGCACGUGCCCGUCGACAAGCCAUACCCAGUUGAGAAGGUCGUCCACUACCCAGUCAAGGUGCAUGUCGACAAGCCAGUGCCUUAUCAUGUUGAAAAACCAGUACCAUAUCACGUUGAGAAACCAGUACCAGUGCCAGUGAUCAAGAAGGUGCCCGUACCAGUGCAUGUGCCCUAUGACAACCCCGUGCCAGUGCAUGUUGAGAAACCCGUACCAUACGAAGUCAAAGUACCAGUACCAGCCCCAUACCCAGUCAUCAAGGAAAUCCCAGUCAAGGUUGAAAAACAUGUGCCCUACCCAGUCAAGGUUCCCGUCGAAAAACCAGUGCCCGUUCACAUUGAGAAGCACGUGCCCGAAUACCAUGAGAAACACAUCUCCUACAAGGAACCCGUAUUCGUACACAAGGAAAUUCACGAGCCCGUCCAUCAUGAGGAAUAUCACCAUGAGGAGAGCCACGACUUUGGUGGUCAUGAGCAUUGAGUAAUAAACUGAGAAAGGCUUAUGAAUGUGCGACGUUAGGACGGACCAGCAGGAAAUCAAAAGUAUGUGGAGGUUGUGACUCGCCAGAGUGAUGUAUGAAAUGUGAGAAGAUUGAGUAGGAUAUACCGUAACCGCGUGAUCGUGAUAUUGGAACGUUUUGGAACUCGAAUUAGGCGAAACGUUUUGGAAUUUGAGAGACACGUACUUUACACACAUAAAAAUAUAACUGAUCUUUUACCAAUUAUUAUUUUUUGUAUGUACAUUUGAUACGAUUUUAGCUUAAGCCAUAAUUUUUUUUAUAUAAACUGAACAAGUAACAUACUUUUUUACUCAUAUACAUAGAGACAAUAUAAUGAAUAAUUAGUUUUAAGUGUUUUUUAAGCAGUUUUCAAGUUGUUCAAGGGAAUAUAUAACACAGUAUUCCGACCAACAGUGAUAUUUGGCGCCGUUGCGACACGUCCAACAGGGUGGGGUUCCUGUGACAUGGCCAAUCGCGUCCUCCGCACACCACCAGCACAACGCAUGCGAUUUGGGAACACAGUUCAAAGGCGCACGAGCUUUCGGAGGUGCAUUUCCAAGCGUUGCCUUGCCGGUGGCGUUCGACUUCGAGUUAAGUGAUAAAUGACAAAUGAUCUUGUUGUUGUUUUGAGUAGAUUUACUCCCAUUGGAGGAAGUAUAUAUAUGCCAGCAUGAGUAUAGUUAGCUGUAUAUGUAACAUUGUAUGUAAG